CUCACAUCCAGUCUCUCCAGUCACAAAAGAUGGUCAAAGUGAAAAAGCCUGAGGCCCUUGUCUAGGCACCUUGCCUAGGUGUAACCACGGCAGCAAAGGGUCCCAGGUUUGAGCUCAUCUCAUAGCCGAACCCCUACCAGCAGUCUGUUUCCCUGACUGUGUGUUACAUGGUGAAGAUCAAGGCAAACCUUCUGUCUCCUUUUGGGAAGAACCCAGAGCUUCAGGUGGAUUUCGGCACGGGUACUGGGCAAGGCGGCGACAUUCCAUUCCGUUUCUGGUACUGCGAUGGCAUCGUGGUGAUGAACACUUUAAAGGACGGGAGUUGGGGGAAGGAACAGAAACUGCAUACUGACGCUUUCGUGCCAGGCCAGCCAUUUGAGCUGCGGUUCUUGGUGCUGGAGAAUGAAUACCAGGUGUUUGUGAAUAGCAAGCCCAUCUGCCAGUUUGCCCACCGCCUGCCCCUACAGUCUGUGAAAAUGCUGGAUGUGAGGGGAGAUAUCGUGCUGACUUCAGUGGAUACGUUAUAAGGGGCAGAAGAUCUUCCAGGGAAGAUAUCCAUCCCGUUACACUCUACUAUAAUAUGCAGGAUCAUGGCCACUCCCAGAAGAUGCCAGGAUG